AUGGACGGCGUGACGGAGCCAGGCGGGCAGCUGGUGUGGCGGGCGGCCGUGCGGGCAAAGCCGGGCUUUAACGGGGAACUCCCCGGUGUAAAACUUCCAGCUCUCGGCCCGGUUGGACUCACCACACUUUCCCCCCCUCCCUCCUCCUUUCUCUCCAAAGCUGUCGUGUCUGUCGAUGGCAAGCCGGUGAGACUUCAGCUCUGCGACACAGCUGGUCAGGAUGAAUUCGACAAGCUCAGGCCUCUGUGCUACACCAACACGGACAUCUUCUUGCUGUGCUUCAGCGUGGUGAGUCCCUCGUCCUUCCAGAACGUGAGUGAGAAGUGGGUUCCCGAAAUCCGAUGCCACUGCCCCAAGGCGCCCAUUAUCCUGGUUGGGACGCAGUCGGACCUCCGGGAGGAUGUCAAAGUUCUCAUCGAGCUGGACAAGUGCAAAGAAAAGCCAGUCUCGGAGGAGGCCGCGAAGCUCUGUGCCGAGGAAAUAAAAGCCGCGUCCUACAUCGAGUGCUCUGCUUUGACUCAGAAAAACCUCAAGGAGGUCUUUGAUGCGGCCAUCGUGGCUGGUAUUCAGUACUCGGAUACCCAGCAGCAACCAAAGAAAUCCAAGUGUAGGACUCCAGACAAGAUGAAAAACCUCUCCAAAUCCUGGUGGAAAAAAUACUGCUGUUUUGUAUAGGGGUUGCAAGGACCUGAGUGCUGCUCUGAGGAAAUCGAAUAGAGGCUAUAUUAGCUGAAAUCUCAUUCUGUGUCGUGCCGAGUGUAUAGUGUAGAUCUGUAUGUAUGUGUAUAUGUUGCUACUGGAUAUCUCAGUUGCCCUUUCGAGGGUGGCAGAAGGAUUCUUAGUUAAAUAAUUGCUAUAAAUCAGGUCUGGCAUCCAGUUUUGUGACUAAAGCCUCUCAUUAAGGAAGAAGAGCACCACGUGUCUGUGAGGGUAGAAGGAUUUGUCCAAAGGAUUCGACUGCUUGUGCUGUAAGGUGUAUGCGACGGGGAGGAGCACACCAGAGGCCUUUGCUGCCCGGGCUUCGCAGGAGGAACGCGCGAGCCACGGUGGAAACGUAGAGCUCUGCAUGUGGACGAUCAAAGGGAAAAAUAACACUGUGCCUCCUAACUGACAUUUGUAGCUUUAAACCCCCCUCCUGCUCUCUUCUCUGUGUCUUCCCAAGCCAACGCUCUUAGGGAUCGCUUUAAAAAGUGUAUGCGAGAGGUGUAAUCUAUACACAAAUGCCACGGUUGGAAAGGUCACGAAUAUACCUUCAGCAUGCGGUGAGGGAA